AUGCAACGGUUUCAUUACGAAAACCGGAAGCAACAUCUGCAGCUCGAGCUAUGGGAUUUAACCGUGUCUCUGUCGGCAAUUUUUUUUCAACUUCUUGAAGAGUGCAUCAAGAAAUAUGGGUUCUUGUCAAAUCGAAUCUUCAACGUUGACGAAACGGGCAUCACAACAGUUGCAAAAAGUCUUGGGAAAAUUUUGGCAACUAAAGGCAGAAAACAGGUAGGAUCGCUUUCUUCAUCGGAGCGAGGACAGCUUCUCACAGUGGAAAUUUGUAUGAGCGCUGAUGGGUCGUACAUGCCACCAAUGUUCAUUUUCCCACGUAAAAGAAUGAAGGUCGAACUAAUGGAUGGAACGCCUCCUAAUUCUUGGGGCGAGUGUAACCAAAGUGGAUGGAUCACAAAAGAUUUGUUUUUAAAGUGGUUGAAACGAUUCAUUGAAUGGUCGAGUGCAACUAAAGAUCAACCCGUUUUGUUGCUGUUAGAUGGGCAUGCAAGCCACGUUAAGAGCCUUGAAGUGAUAGAUGUAGCAAGAGCCAAUGGUGUGGUCAUGCUUUGUUUUCCACCACAUUGCACUCAUCGGUUACAGCCCUUGGAUGUCACUUUUAUGAAGCCCUUGAGUUCUUACUAUGGGGAUGAAGUAAAAAAAUGGCUCAGACAACAUCCUGGCAGAACAGUUACACAUUACCAGGUAGGACAGUUGUUCGGUAGAGCAUAUUUAAGAGCAGCCACAAUGUUAGUCGCAAUAAAUGGUUUUCAAACGACUGGAAUAUGGCCGGUUAAUUCAAAUGUUUUCGAAGACCAUGAUUUCUUGCCUUGCCAAACCACAGACAUGCCAAAUGGGGAAGAGCGUCUACUCUUAGAUGAAACAAUUUGUGUCGACCCAUAUUCGGUACCACCAGGCUCAUCAACGACCGCCGCCGAUCCACUUAUGUUGUCCCCAAAUCCCGUUUCGGAAACCAAUCAGUCCACAAUGUCUACACCACAUUCUGUUAAUCCGAUACCAAUGGGUGCACUGUUAUCCUCUCCAGAGCCCGAUUUGACAAACAAUGAUGCACCAACGUCAUCAACUUCAUUCCAAAAGUUUUCUCCAUCUCAUAUUGUAGCUGUUCCCAAAGCACCCGUUAAAAAAAGAGUUUCUAAGCGCAGGGGAAAGACUGCAAUAAUUACAAGCUCUCCUUACAAGGCGCAGCUAGAGGCUGAGUCCACGAAGUCCAAGCCUCUUGUUAUGAAAAAGAAAAAAGCCUCAACAAAGAAGAAAACUACCAGGAAGGAAGAAUCUUCAGAAAGCGAGGAGGACGAAGAGUGUCUUUAUUGUGGGCAUUUAUACUCCCAGUCUACAGAAGGAUGGAUUUCCUGCAGAUCAUGUGGUAAGUGGGCACAUUGUUCUUGUGCUGGAGAGGAUGAUGUUGACGAUGAAUCUAGCCACAUUUGCUCCAGUUGCAACCCAGUUUAG